CAAUUGGCUUUACGUCAGAGUCCACCAUUGCUUAUUUCUCUCUCUCUCUCUCUAUGUGCAGACUAUGAUUGAUAUUAGUAUAGUGAUUAAUAAUGUUGAUUCUUAUCUCCCAGUUUGCUACUACAAAGGGCAAUUGUGAAGUGUAUAACUGGGUUUGCUUCAAUUAAUUUUUUAUUAUUAUUAUUGUUUUCAUUUUUCCAUAGCCGCCUCUUGUGUUUCUCGCGUUCUUUCAGCUCCAAGCUUUCUUCUUUUACACACCCCAGAUUCCGAGGUUCACACUUUUUCUUGGUUCUCAGUGGAAAGUUUUGUUCUUUUGUCUUUUCUGUGAAUUGGGUAUUCUGAAUUGAGUUCCAUAGUCUUGGAUUCCUAGCCAGCUGGCUCCUUGAGAUAUUUUGUCCGAUUGGGUGUUCGAGGUUUUGGAGAAAUUGAGGAAACACUGCACAACUCUUGUUACUUCAUCCAAGGCAACUCCUCUUUUACGUUGAUCUUUUGUUCUCACUGUCAGAAACUGAACUUGCCCUUUUUGUGCAGAAAUUGGAUUCAUGGUGGCCCAAUUUGGUGAAUUGGGCUAACUCUUUGAUUGAUCGCUGGGGGGAUAUUUCAAAGAAGUUAAAAAAAAAAAUCUAUUUUUGUUAAUAUUUUGGAACCGUGAAGAUUUGUGUUUUAGGCUAGAAUAUGGUGCCUGAGAAGGAUUGUGGUAGUUUUGUUUGGUAGUUUUAUGCGCCAGGUUGUUACAAGGAAAUGAUUUCCUAUUGGACUGCACUGUUUAGUUAAGAAUGAUGGCUAUCACUGCUUUAUUUUUGGUGCUAUUGCUGCAAUUGUCGACAAUUUUAGGCUCUGAGGUUGUGUUACAGUCAAGGGAUUGUGGCACUGAUUGGGUGGGACAUUCAUAUUCUAGUCAUGGCCAGGAACUGUUCUACAUAAACGGCAAUGUAGUGAACAAGGUUGCUUUUUGUGAAGCUCUUCAAUUGUAUAUUGCAAAGGGGUGUGAUGUGAAGGACUACUUUGGAAGUGUCAAAUGUGUGACGGAUGUCUCUUUUGGGAAUUUACCUUUAAAGGCGGGGAGGAAACUUUUGCAGAAGGAUUUAAACAGUGAAUCCACAUCACAAGAAGAUUCCAAGCCUCUUUCAAGCAAGGUAGUUGGUAUGUAUGCAGGGGGAGCUAUGUUGGUAUGUUGUGCUGUUCUUUGUCCUUGUUUCUUUGCCAAGAGACGGAAAGCAACUUCUCAUACUGUUCUCGCCAAGGACCCAAUUUCAAUGGAUUCAGUUUCCUCCUUUGAAGCUUCCGUUAAUGAUAAGGUUCUGGCAAGUCCACUUCGCGUGCCACCUAGUCCAGCAAGAUACUCAACGUCUCCAAAAAUCAGUAGACUUCAAUCAUUGCAUCUCAAUCUGAACCAAGUUACAAGAGCUACCCAUAACUUCUCAGAAUCAUUACAAAUAGGAGAAGGAGGUUUUGGAACUGUCUACAAGGCCAAGUUGGAAGAUGGCUUGACUGUGGCUGUAAAACGAGCAAAAAAGGAGCAUUUUGAUAGUUUGAGAACAGAAUUCAGCAGUGAAGUUCAACUUUUGGCCAAAAUUGAUCACCGGAACCUGGUGAAGCUAUUAGGUUAUAUUGACAAAGGAAACGAACGUCUUCUUAUUACUGAGUAUGUGCCAAAUGGUACUCUUAGAGAACAUUUGGAUGGUCAACGUGGAAAAAUCCUAGACUUCAAUCAGCGCCUUGAAAUAGCAAUUGAUGUUGCUCAUGGCUUGACCUAUCUGCAUCUGUAUGCUGAAAAGCAAAUUAUCCAUCGAGAUGUGAAAUCAUCCAACAUUCUUCUGACAGAAAGCAUGCGAGCUAAGGUUGCUGAUUUUGGAUUUGCAAGGCAAGGGCCAGUGAACACUGAUCAAACACACAUUUCUACUAAAGUGAAGGGAACAGUUGGUUAUUUGGACCCUGAGUAUAUGAAAACAUACCAACUCACUCCCAAGAGUGACGUUUACUCAUUUGGAAUUUUGCUUCUAGAAAUUGUGACUGGCCGCCGUCCUGUUGAGUUGAAGAAAACUGUUGAAGAGCGAGUUACACUCAGAUGGGCGUUCAGGAAGUAUAAUGAAGGCAGUGUGGUGGAACUGGUAGAUCCUUUGAUGGAAGAAGCUGUAAAUGCAGAUGUUCUGAUGAAGAUGUUUGAUUUGGCAUUUCAAUGUGCAGCACCCGUUCGAACAGAUAGACCUGACAUGAAAUCCGUGGGCGAGCAAUUGUGGGCAAUAAGGGCAGAUUACCUCAAGAGUGCAAGGAGAGAAUAAGUGGUGCUAUUUCAUGAUGAUAAUGAUAUUGUGAAGUUACUUUUUUUUUUUAUUUUUUUUUUAAAGAUUUCUCUCUAUCUAUCCAUCCUAUCUAAAGGUGUCUCAUUAUUCGACAGUAAAUUGCCUCAUUAAUCAUUACUCUCAAGUUUGAGCAUU